AUGGACUUUACACUCGCCCUCACCCAUUUCUGCGAGGCGCAUGGGCCGAAGUCCGUCCUCUGCACGCAAGUCCUGCCGCUGGAGUGUGCAUUAUGCCUUCCACCCUCACCUCCCCUGAGAGCCUCCUCCUCCACCGAAUCCUUUACCACCCAGGUCCACAAUUCCUCCCUCGAGUCUUCGCAGAAUCUCCGUGCGCCGCCGACUCUGAGUAAAACAGACACGAAUUCCACCUGGCCUACCGACCUUUCCGGCGCGUCUACCGCGAUCGACUCGGAAGCAGAGCCUGAAAGCCCUACCAUCGAGAAGCACCCCCUCUUCCAGACAGUUGACCAGACACGGACGCUGUCCUCACAAUGGCGUUAUGGUCGGAACCAAGACGAGACCUGUGCCAGCUGCAGUUUCUCCGUACCCAAGGCUGUCGCAGAAAAGCUUCCUGCCGGUGCACCGGGUAGCAAGAGAGCGGACAACCCAAAUAACGUCAACACAGGGGCGCCAGUGCUGAGAUCAAGAGAAUUUGUCUGUCUUCGAGAGAGGAAGAGAAGGAAUAGCAGGCUUCACGUCUCUGAAGACUCCAAUCCGUCCUCCUACGGCUCAUCGGUUACAUCAUCCUACGACUCCCACGCGACGACGUCGCAUACACAGUCUCAUCGAUCUGACGAGUGUCACGACCACACCUUAACAUACCUCACCUCCAAGUCUCCCGCCGACCGGGAGAGCUAUGCGCAACUACGUGCUUCUGUCAUUCGGACUCUGUCCUGUGAACUCCUGCCGCGAGGGAUGUCCGACGGUCCUUUCUGCUUUGGUGACUCUAACACAGGCUAUACCAUCGCAUACGUCUUUCGGCUUACUGAUCCCAAAGCCCGGGGUCGACGGCGGGCGUACGCUUUCCUCGCUUUAGCGGGCAAGGAUGCCAGUCGCGCGUUUCAGGCAUGUCCCAUGCUAUGGGAGUCAUUUGCCCGGAUGGCAAAGGGGAUUGAAGCAGCGGCCCAGCAACAACGGUGCAAAGAAGAAAAGGAGGCCGAAUCUCUUGAUGCGAGCGGCAAAUCGACCGCGAGGAAUUACACUCCGGUGUCGUCCUUCUUGACCGCCCGCACUGUGGACCCAGAUGGCCACCCGCGGCGUGUUGGACAAGCCACGCCGCGUAGCCUAGCGGAGAUCGUAGGCGACGAAAACAUUUUCACAUUCCUGCACCAGUAUUUUGUCGCCAUCCUGCGCUGCCUCGGCGAGCGCUUUGGUGGGCCGCCACUAGCAGAAAGUCCGUUGAUCUAUCACUCUACGAGUGAGGAGGUACCGCGGUUUCGCAAAGCAGAUGUCAUCCGAGAAGACAGAGAGCAUGGCGCCAAUCGUCCUCUGGAUCUCGCCGACUCGAACCACUCUGACAAAACUCAUCUUGAGAGCCUAAGAGACCAAGAUACGACGCCCACACCGCAGUUGUAUCAGAAGAGUUCCAGUAAGACUUGGCCAUUGCAACAGCCACAACCCCAAGAGACAAGAGUGUCCAAGGGGAAAGAUAAGGCAAAGGAGGAUGCAAUGGACGAUGUUGAUCAUGCAAAAUCAACGGCAAGGAAGGGUACAAGAGAAACGGACAAGCCCAAGAUGUUCGCCAAUACUAAUAUGACCUUGAAGAAGCUGAAUCCGCAAUGUGCCAUGCCCAUGGCCGUCACUGAGACGGCACAGAGACAGGUUGUCGUAUGA